ACUUCUCCUCAUUUUAAGAAUUCAAGGGAAUGGUAUCAAGGUGAGACGAUUCCAAGAUUUUUGGGAUGGAAAGAAGGCAAGAAGUUUAUGAGGAGCAGUGUCGAUUCAUUGCUACAAACAGCUGCAAACAAACGUGAAUUUAGGCCGUCUUUGGUUAUAUUGCCAACUCAACGUGAGUUGCAAAGCGCGUGGUAUUUGUCUAGUUCAGAUUAUUUAGACGCUGAACGUCGGAUGUAUGCCAGUGCAAUGCCGGGCGAGAAUCCGGUUGAAAGGGCCACAGAAAUACCCAUUCAAAUGCCCACAGGAUUCACGGGUCAAAAUCAACCAGAAAUGCAGGCCGCCCCAGGUGUCGUCACACAAGAACAGCUUGCGUCUGUAAUGGGGGCUCUGUUUGGUCCCGAUGGGACGAAUGAAAGUUAUAAUCCGGCAACGGAUCGAGAUGAGAUUCCACAACAGAAUUUUGUUCCCCCCCCCGACCCCGUUUCGAUCAAAUUACGAGAAUGACCUGAUUUCACAGUUUAAAUCAGUCUUGGACGAGAGGCUGCUAGAGAACAACCGGAGACUUACCAAUAUGUUCAUGGGAGAGUUUUCUCAAUCAUAUCGAUGUUCUCCAAAGCAAAAAACGGUCAGGACUCCGGUGACCGUACGAACACCAAAAGAAGAGGCACACACUCAGAGUGAUAAUGCUGUUGCCGAUUCAUUUAUCAAUUACGAUAAUGCCUACCACGUCUCUAUGAGCCCGAUGGUGAAUGAAGAUUUUAAUGAGGAUCCUGAAAUAAUCAAACUGAGACGAUCCGAAAGGCUUAUAAAGCCCGCAGCAGCUGUGCUAUCCCCGUAUGUGGCUUACAAAAGAUUGAAAGAUAUAAAAGCCAAAAGGUUAAGAAACGAGGAUAGACAAAUUGAAUUCAUCAAGCACUGGUAUCCAAAUUGCGGCAGUAAACAUCUUUCCCUAAUAGUUGGGAAUUCUGUCGGUCCAAAUUUUUGGGAGUCGUUGCUGGGCAUGGACGGUCGCGGCUGGUUAAGCGAUGAUCAUAUAUUUGGGUGGAUGAUCCACAUGUAUCAUUCAAGAAAUGAAAGUGAUCGGUGGAGUAUUCUACCCCCAUAUUUUCAAAAUUAUUUUCGGUACACGGCCGUCGACUAUACCUGUAAAGGUUACUUUACUGGGCAUGUUGACCCUUUUCCAUCAAUACAUACUGUUGACGAGGUUUACGUACCGUUGUAUAUAGAAGGUGCUCACUGGUUUUUAGGCGUUUUCAACCUGCUCAAUUACACGCUAACGAUAUACGACAGCCUUUUAAAUGCUUUCGAAAAGGAAAGAACGGAUGUGGUGUGUCAUAUAAAUUUUGUGUUUAACCACUGGCUACGAAUUCAUGGUUACAAUGCCCACAGACCAUUACCGUUAACUUACCCUUUCCGAGUUAUUUAUGAGCCUGAUGCUCCUCAGCAGUCCGGAGUUUUGGGAGACUGUGGGGUUUGGGUUUGCAUAUUUCUUGAUAGGUUGAUAAAUAAAAAACCGUUAAACGAUGAUAAAGAUACUCAGAAAACAGCGGAACGUAUGCGACGUCAACUUGCUUUACUAUUUUAUGAUUCCGUGUUACCAGAUACAACAACUGACAACAACCUUGGUGAUGAUGAUGAUCCCGUAUUAGAAAUGUAA